GGCGUUUUGCAAAGGACUUCACCGAUCUACUUUUGCAGUCGCCUCGGACUGUCCAUGUGUUUACUUCCCCCAGCCCGAGGAUUCGAUAUCUAGGAUCCUGUGAAAUGCAACUGAGCAGCCAAAGUACUUUGAGAACACGGGGCGGCAUAAACACCAAAACUUUUUUGUGGAAGGAAAAUGCAAUAAGCAAGCUUGCCGUUUUCCGAUGCGGUGUGGAGUGAGUGUGUGUCGCGCGUGUCCGCACUGGAGGCAUAUGCUUGUGUGUGUACAUGGGGUGUGUUUUUCGGUACGUAGGGAGAAAAUGCUUGCCAACCACCGGAAAUCUCCUGGAAUUUAUUAGAAAAUAAUGGAUUAUAAAAAGAAGGCAGGCGAGGAGCGGAUCUCCCCUUGAGUUGCAACCCGAUUUGCUGCUGGCUCAGUUUGUUGUGAUUCUUUUUGUUGAUAGGUGUUUGAUGGCAUUCUGAUCCCCCCUUUUUUUUUCCUUGAGCUUUACAGUUUUUACAAAAAGGGAAACAAAAAACCCACCCCAAAAAUCUCCCCUCCCUUUUUUUCGCCCCGUCGGGAUCGCUGUUUCCAUCCAUGUGCUUGCGUCUCCCCCGCGUUCCACUUAAACUAUUUUAAUCCUUGGACCCAAGGAGGAGGCUGAUAGGGGGGUGGAUAAAAAAAGUUCUUCCAAAAUAGUGUGCCCGGGGAGCAGGAUGGGGGAUUUCGCAGCCCCCGCUGCUGCCGCGAAUGGCAGUAGUAUUUGCAUCAACAGUAGCCUGAACAGCAGCCUCGCCGGGGCCGGGAUCGGUGUGAAUAAUACUCCCAAUAGUACUCCAGCUGCUCCGAGUAGCAAUCACCCCGCUGCCGGCUGCGGCGGCGGCUCCGGGGGCCCCGGCGGCGGCUCGGCGGCCGUCCCCAAGCACAGCACCGUGGUGGAGCGGCUCCGCCAGCGCAUCGAGGGCUGCCGGCGGCACCACGUCAACUGCGAAAACAGGUACCAGCAGGCUCAGGUGGAGCAGCUGGAGCUGGAGCGCCGGGACACCGUGAGCCUCUACCAGCGCACCCUGGAGCAGAGGGCCAAGAAAUCGGGCGCCGGCACCGGCAAGCAGCAGCACCAGAGCAAACCCCAGCAAGAUGCGGAGGCUGCCUCGGCGGAGCAGAGGAACCACACGCUGAUCAUGCUGCAGGAGACUGUGAAGAGGAAGUUGGAAGGCGCCCGAUCACCACUUAAUGGAGACCAGCAGAAUGGGGCUUGUGAUGGGAGUUUUUCUCCAACCAGCAAGCGAAUACGAAAGGACAUUCCCACAGGGAUGGAAGCCAUCAACAGUUUGCCCAACAACAUGCCACUGCCUUCAGCUUCUCCUCUUCACCAACUUGACCUGAAGCCUUCUCUGCCCUUGCAGAAUAGUGGAACUCACACCCCUGGGCUUCUAGAAGACCUAAGUAAGAAUGGCAGGCUCCCAGAGAUUAAACUUCAACCUGUCAACGGUUGCAGUGAUCUGGAAGACAGCUUCGCCAUCUUGCAGAGCAAGGACCUCAAACAAGAACCUCUAGAUGACCCUUCUUGCAUAGACACAUCAGAAACAUCUCUUUCAAAUCAGAACAAGCUGUUCUCAGACAUUAACCUGAAUGAUCAGGAGUGGCAAGAAUUAAUCGAUGAACUGGCCAACACGGUUCCUGAAGACGACAUACAGGACCUGUUCAACGAAGACUUUGAGGAGAAGAAGGAGCCAGAAUUCUCGCAGCCAGCCACCGAGACCCCCCUCUCCCAGGAGAGCGUGAGUGUGAAGAGCGACCCUUCUCACUCUCCUUUUACACAUGUCUCCAUGGGCUCUCCCCAGACAAGGCCUUCUUCUUCUGGCCCUCCCUUUUCUACCGUCUCCUCAGCCACCAGUUUACCUUCCGUUGCCAGCACUCCCGUGGCUCCCAACCCCGCCGGCUCACCAGCGAACUGUGCGGUCCAGUCCCCGCCAACUCCAAGCCCAGCCCACACUCCCGGCCAAGCUCCGCCUCGGCCUGGAAGUGGCUAUCUCCUCAGUGCGGCAGCGGGGCCAGUGGCUGGUUCGGGUUCGGGCCCCGUAGCUGUGCCCAGCUCCGACCUGUCCCCAGCGGAGCAGCUCAAACAGAUGGCAGCACAGCAGCAGCAGCGGGCCAAGCUCAUGCAGAAGCAGCAGCAGCAGCAGCAGCAGCAGCACGCCAACCAGACUGCCAGCUGGUCCCCAUUAGGGCCUCCGUCCAGUCCCUACGGUGCGGCUUUCCCCACAGAGAAACCAAAUAGCCCCAUGAUGUACCCCCAAGCCUUUAACAACCAAAACCCAGUAGUGCCUCCAAUGGCAAACAACCUGCAGAAGACGACAAUGAAUAACUACCUCCCGCAGAAUCACAUGAACAUGAUCAAUCAGCAGCCAAAUAACUUGGGUACAAACUCCUUAAACAAACAGCACAACAUUCUCACUUACGGCAACACUAAGCCUCUGACCCAUUUCAAUGCGGACUUGAGUCAGAGGAUGACACCACCUAUGGCCAAUCCCAACAAAAACCCCCUGAUGCCAUACAUCCAGCAGCAGCCCCCGCCGCAGCCGCCACCGCAGCAGCCGCCGCAGCUCCAGGCUCCCAGGGCACACCUGAGUGAGGACCAGAAACGCAUGCUUCUCAUGAAGCAGAAAGGAGUGAUGAACCAGCCACUGGCCUACGCCGCGCUGCCCUCCCACGCUCAGGAGCAGCACCCAGGUGGGCUUCCUCGGACCACCGGCCCCAUGCAGUCCUCCGUGCCCCCAGGCUCAGGCGGCAUGGUCUCGGGUGCCAGUCCUGCGGGUCCAGGUUUCCUGGGCAGCCAGCCCCCGGCGGCCAUCAUGAAGCAGAUGCUCCUUGACCAGCGGGCCCAGUUGAUGGAGCAGCAGAAGCAACAGUUCCUGCGGGAGCAAAGGCAGCAGCAGCAGCAACAGCAGCAGCAACAGCAGCAGCAGCAGCAGCAGCAGCAGCAGAUUCUGGCCGAGCAGCAGCUGCAGCAGUCACACUUAACCCGGCCGCACCUCCAGCCGCAGCGGAACCCAUACCCAGUGCAGCAGGUCAACCAGUUUCAAGGUUCUCCGCAGGACAUAGCAGCCGUGCGAAGCCAAGCAGCCCUCCAGAGCAUGCGGUCGUCACGGCUGAUGGCACAGAACGCAGGCAUGAUGGGAAUGGGACCCUCUCAGAACCCAGGGACAAUGGCCACAGCCACCGCCCAGUCAGAGAUGGGACUGGCCCCUUACAAUGCCACGCCUACUAGCCAACCAGGAAUGUACAACAUGAGCCCAGGAAUGACCCAAAUGUUGCAGCACCCAAACCAAAGUGGCAUGAACAUCACACACAGCCCGGCCCAGGGGCCGAGGCAACCCGCCUCCGGGCAAGGGGUUGGGAUGGUGAGCGGGUUUGGUCAGAACAUGCUGGUGAACUCAGCCAUGAGCCAGCAGCACCAGCAGAUGAAAGGGCCGGUAGGCCAGGCCUUGCCGAGGCCCCAGGGACCACCAAGGCUGCAGAGCAUCAUGGGAACAGUCCAGCAGGGAGUCCAGAGCUGGCAGCAGAGGAGCUUACAGGGGAUGCCUGGGAGGACUAGUGGAGAAUUGGGGUCAUUUAGCAACGGUGCCAGCUACUCGCUCCAGGCCGGCCAACCGCGGCUGACCAAGCAACACUUCCCACAGGGACUGAACCAGGUCAUGGACACCAACACUGGUGCCGUGCGAACCCUCAACCCGGCCGCCAUGGGUCGGCAAAUGAUGCCACCGCUCCCAGGGCAGCAAGGGGCCAGCCAGGCCAGGCCGAUGGUCAUGUCUGGCCUAAGCCAGGGCGUCCCUGGCAUGCCUACAUUUGGCCAGCCCCCAGCCCAGCAGCAGAUGCCCGGCGGCAGCUUUGCUCCAGGCGGCCAGAGCCAGGCCUACGAGCGGAACGCCCCUCAGGACAUGUCCUACAGUUACAGCGGCGAAGCCACGGGGGCUCCCUUCCCUGGCCUCUCGGACAGUGCCGACCUCGUGGACUCCAUCAUCAAAGGCGGGCCGGGCGAUGAGUGGAUGCAGGAGCUCGAUGAAUUGUUUGGAAACCCCUAGUCAAGAGGGGCCCCAAGAGCCACAACUCUAGUGGUUAAAGCAUACAAUGGGAAAAAGAAACAGGAUGUGGACCCAUCCUUGUUUUUUGUUUUUUUGACCCACGUAAACUGAGCAAAACGGCAGCUGGCUGAUAGUGGAAGAUCCAGGUGCCAAUCCACAGCUCCGCGGGGUCUCGUUUCACCUGAUUUUCACACAACAGUCAAGACCGGACGCCGCACAGAUCCCCGCUGCGAGAGAGGGAGACGCAGCAGAGGCAGGUGGGGAAGACGAACCUGAGCCCCUGCUCGGCGCGCCCUGUGGUCGAUCACGUGGCCCAGCAAGAGCUGCUCCAGCCCAGUCAGACCACUGCCCAUGGCAAGGCAUCCGUCCGGCCCUCCUGGCCCAGGAGUGGAGACUGCAGCUUUGGAGACACCCAAGACGGGGCCUCGAGCAGGGGGAGCCCCACAGAGCCUGCCAGGUGGGUGCCCAGGCCAAGAGCCCAGGUCAGCAGCGUGCUGAGCUCUGGCUGCAAAGAGAUGUCGGGCUGCAGGACGUGCAACUGGAUGUGGAGGGCAGCUGCGAAGAGUGGUGAGAUGUCGCAGGGAGACUACUAAGGAUCCUACAGGCCUGUCUCCUGUCCCGCAGUGACCUCAGGAAUGUCAGAGACGUGCUGUUGGCUGCCUCACAAGGGUCGCCAAGGGAGCUGGGAGGAGCUGCAGCCCUGGGGCAGCCCUCUGCUGCUGACCAUGGUGGCCAUCGCCCCACGUAGUUGGCAUGGAACCUCUGGGGAGCCCAGUAAGAUGGUAGCACAUCAAGGCAAUUCCCAUCUACUCCCGGCACCGCGGGGCGGGGAGACCCUGGCAGAUGCUGUGUGCCUACCAGCAUGGCCACCUUCCUCUCCACCCCUGCCUUCGUCCCUCCUUGUGUCCAUCCCAGCAUCCUUUCUUCUCCUCACAGAUGAUCCAAGAAGAAAUGAAGCUUUUGUCUCUAGGGAGCCUGGGCAGAGUAGAAAUAAAUGCAAGAAGAGCUUAGACAAUACCUGCAACGCCAAGGCGAUGCUGGAGUGUUCUUUCUCUACCACGUGCGGAGCUGAAUGAACGGUGUCUGCCUGGAACUGAGCAGGCGGCUCCGAUGCCCGAUGGGAGGUUACACGUACCACAUUCAGCUCUAACGGUGUAACCAGGGAGGGCCAGCCUGGGGGUCUCCCGCUCAGGCUCCCUGUGGGGAAAACCCGGGGUGAUGCUCUAAAAUCAGCCUUGCCCUCAAUCCUGUGCCCUUACUCACCAGAAAGACAAAUCUAAACCCCUGAGAGAUGAGGCGCUGGAAAAUCAAUUACUCUACCUUACACAUUUUGAUGACAAAAAGGAAGAUAUGGUUCCUUCCACAUGGGCACAUCAUCCACUUCAAAAGUCCUGUACAGUUGUUCCGUGUGACGCACUCAACUCUCCCCUGACUAAAGUCUGUCCGAGGCAUCGGCGAGCUCCAUGAUCGUGAGGCCUGUCUCUUUGUUACAAGGACUGAUCUGUGUGUCCUGCCUCCCCUCCCACUGUCCUGUUUUGGAGGCCACGUGGCAUCAUUACUGUCCUGUGAGUGAGAGUGACAUGUGCUUUUCUCCUCCCACCCCUACCCUCCAUGUCCAAAAGGCUGGCUCCCUGUUGGGCAGCCACACGCAACUCGCCACACCAGAGCCUGGACUCGGGACCGAGGGGAACUGGCGGGCUGCCCUGGGGAAGGUCCUGAGAAGGGGGGUCCGGAUGGGAAGCUGAGGGCAGAGGAUGAGGGGUGGCAGGCAGGCCAACACUGCCUUGCCUUGCUCGCCAGGCCCUCAGGUUAUAGGCUGAGUCAGCAAGGGUAGGAUGGAGACAGAGGCGGCCGGGUGGCCGGGAGCCCAGGCAGGGGCCGCGCUCUCUCUGCGAAGAGGCGUGAGUAGGGUGACCGUGAGCACCCUGUGUGGGGAGAGACGCUGCCAGGGAAACUCCUGAGUGGAAACAGAUGAAAACCAAAAAAAAAAAAAAAAAAAAGUAAAAGUAAAACAAGACAGACCGGAUAAUUACCCUGUUCUGAAAGGUACAGGAAAUAAAUAUAUAAGCAAUGAUGAGAAGCUAAAGGUGGCUGAUGGAAGAGUGGCUCUGUUACCUUUUAAAAGCUUCCUCCAAAUGCUCAGUCCUGGGACCAACUAAAUAGAGAGGUAGAUUUUAAUAAUGUUUUGUUUUUGUUUUUACUACGGUGCUGAUGUAUAUGUAAUGUCUAAAAAAGUUAUUUGUAAAUAAGUUUUUACAAUACGGCAGAUAUCACUGGGUCUACUAUCUGUAAAAAAUAUAUACAUAUAAAUAUAUAUAUACUGUUUGUUUAAAAUAGAGUAUUUUUAUUUCAUUCCUUAACUCAUCAUCACAGCAGUGGUAUUGCACUUCAGAUGACAUCUAAUUACUAAUUUGUACUGUAUGACCUAUGGCA